AUGUGUGUGGAUGAAAAACUGUUUCCGCCACAUCACCAGUGCAACAACAACCUCUGCAAACGAUGGCCACGCCACUUCCAGGAAAGUCCAGUUGUCGCUCCACUUAGAACAGAUGAAGGCCCGAUAAUUAUGGAUGGCUGUGGAUUUUCGGGCUGCCAGUAUCCAUAUGUUUGCAGAAAGCAUGGCUGCGAACUUCCUCCUCGCUCUUCGAAGAACUUCUUCGGACCAUGCCCAAUCAGAUGCCCAGAUGGUAUGGCCUGUGUCAAUGGUGUCUGCCAAGGUGUGAAUGCUAUAAUUACUAUCUUUGUGGAAUAUCUCGAAAGGGUUAUCAAUGGCGCUUCGGAGGAGGAAAAAGAAAGAAAAGAGCAGAUCAAAAAACGUUACCAAUUAGACGAGUAUGUUGAUGAUGAAUGUAAAAUCUGUUUUGAAAAGUAUGAGGUCACUGGAAAUCGAAGCCCUAGGGUUUUUAACUGUGGCCACACGUAUUGUGAAAGUUGCAUUCAGGUUUGCAAACAUCAAUUCCAAAUCAAGUGCCCGUUUUGCACAACAACCUCAUACCAAAUUAAUUUCUCUACUAACAAAUUAAUCCUAGAAGUUCUUAACGGGAAAUCUAAGGAUACGCUGAGUUGUACCAGCUGCCAGCUGACCUAUUCUUCACAAACGUUCCCCAGAAUCCAUCCGUCCUGUGGUCAUAGUGUCUGUGAGGAUUGUAAAGAGCCGUUUUGCAAAAUUUGCAAAACUGAGGAAGACAGAGUAGUAGAAAUGAUACUAGUUCGAAAUGGAUGA